CCACAGGACCUGAAGCAGAAGCUGUGCCUGUAGGAAGGAGCAGGACACAGUUGUCAAGAGGAACAUGAAGUCUGAGCUACUGUGGCUGCCCAGGGUGGAUUGGAACCUAAACAGAUUCCAGGAGGAGAAUGAUCUCCUGUGUUGAGGAUCCUGAUGUGGCUGAGCUACCUCCAGCUGAACUCGGGUCCCAGGGUUCCUUCUCAGUGUGUGCUGUUGGAAUGACUAUUGCCAGUCCUGUGGAAGAUGUGGGAGAGUGAUGGGAUCCUCAAGAGGAGCUGGGCCACUCAUAGAAACUGCAGAAAGCUCUGGCUGAUCUGGAAUGGAGAAGGAGGUGAGGACCACGUGGGUGAGCUGUACCUGGAGCUGCCUUCUGCCCUGUCCACAUGACCCUGGUCAUCUCAGUCACACCAAAAUCUGCUCACCUGAAGUAGGCUGCUGCGGUGCUGGUGGGAAUGCAUGACUGUCAGGGGCGCACCCUCCCUCUCUGGCAUAGCAGGGGACCCCAGGAGCGAGGCGGAAGCUCUCCGUGCGCCAGGCUACCUGUGGCCAGCCCAGACGCCUUGCCCCUCCCGGACAUUACCGCAAGUGGCCAAACCAGCUGGGCGAGCCGCUCCUGCCCCGGCUCCGGCCCAGAGCAGGUGGCUUUGCACUCGCCGGCUCGCAGCUGCCGGGUCUCGGCGCUGAGCCCUCGCCACUGCCCGCGCGCAGGUGGCAUGGAGGCGGACGGGGAGCCGGAGGAGCUGGCCCGGCUGCACUCGGUCUUCACCGCCUGUGACGCGAACCGCUCCGGACGCCUGGAGCGGGAAGAGUUCGGGGCGCUGUGCACCGAGCUGCGCGUGCGGCCCGCGGACGCCGAGGCCGUGUUUCAGCGCCUGGACGCCGACCGCGACGGUGCCAUCACCUUCCAGGAGUUCGCGCGCGGCUUCCGCGGGGCGCGGCGCCGGACUUGGGGGCCGCGGGCAUCAGUGCCUGCCGCGGCGGCGCCGGGGCUCGAACCCAGGGACAGCGAGGAGGAAGAGGACGAAGAGGGCGCGGCCGGCGACCAGGACUGGGUGGGCGAUCUGGACGCACCGUGGAGCCCGGCGAGGUCCGGCGGCCGCGCAUGGCAGGACUUCCAGGGACGACUGGGAGACGAAGCCAAGUUUAUUCCCAGAAAAGAACAAGUUAGUACUCUGUAUCUAAACAUUAACCUCGUGGAGCCAAGACUAAUCCAGUCAUAUGAACAUGUGAUAAAGAACUUUGUCCGUGAGAUCAAGCUUCAGAGCACAGAGAUGGAACACCUGGCAAUCGCAGUGAAGAGAGCCCAAGACAAGGCAGCCAUGCAGCUGAGUGAGUUGGAAGAGGAAAUGGAUCAGAGGAUUCAGGCAGUAGAACACAAGACCAGGAAGGAUGAAAAGCGCAAAGCUGAGGAAGCCCUCAGUGAUCUCAGACGUCAGUAUGAAACAGAAGUAGGAGACUUGCAAGUGACCAUUAAAAAGCUGAAAAAGCUUGAAGAGCAAUCCAAACAUAUAAGUCAAAAGGAAGACGUGGCAGCAUUAAAAAAGCAAAUUUAUGAUUUAUCAAUGGAAAAUCAGAAAGUUAAGAAAGAACUUUUAGAAGCACAUACAAACAUAGCCUUUCUUCAGAGUGAACUAGAUGCCUUGAAAAGUGAUUAUGCUAACCAGAGUCUGAAUUCUGAAAGGGAUCUGGAAAUAAUUCGAGAAUACACAGAAGAUCGAAAUAGUCUUGAGAGACAAAUUGAAAUACUCCAAACAGCUAACCGGAAGCUGCAUGACAGCAACGAUGGCCUCAGAAGUGCCCUGGAAAACACAUACAGCAAAUUCAACAGAUCUUUGCGCAUAAAUAAUAUAUCUCCAGGGAAUACAAUUUCAAGAAGCAGUCCCAAAUUCAAUGGUCAUUCUCCUCAACCUGUGGGUUAUGACAGGUCAUCCCGCUCUUCCUAUGUGGAUGAGGAUUGUGAUUCCCUGGCCCUAUGUGAUCCGAUGCAGAGGAUGAAUUACGAAGUGGACAGCCUGCCAGAGAGCUGCUUUGAUAGUGGCUUGUCUACCUUACGAGAUUCCAAUGAGUACGACUCAGAAAUGGAAUACAAGCACCAGAAGAUGUUUCAAAGUUCUCAUGGGGCGCAGGAGAGCUUCGGGGGUGAUGCCUCAGACACAGAUGUACCUGAUAUAAGAGAUGAGGAAACAUAUGAUUCGGAAGACGUGGCCUCUGUCUUAGACUUGAAGCCUCAAGGGUCUGUGUGUGAAGGGAGCACUGGUAGUUCCUCAAGAAAGCCCAUCCUGGCUCUUUCACCUCAAAUAGACAUGGCAGAUGACAACUCCAAACCACUCAGCACCCAGAAAGCUUACAAAAUUGUGCUUGCUGGGGAUGCUGCCGUCGGCAAAUCCAGCUUCCUCAUGAGGCUUUGCAAGAAUGAAUUUCGAGGAAACACAAGUGCCACCCUUGGAGUGGAUUUCCAGACAAAAACUCUCAUUGUAGAUGGAGAGCAAACUAUCUUGCAACUCUGGGAUACAGCUGGACAGGAAAGAUUCAGAAGUAUUGCCAAGUCCUACUUCCGAAAAGCAGAUGGUGUUUUGCUGCUGUAUGAUGUUACGUGUGAAAAAAGCUUUCUUAAUGUACGAGAAUGGGUAGACAUGGUUGAGGACGCAACCCACGAGACCAUUCCCAUCAUGCUGGUAGGAAACAAGGCUGAUCUUCGUGACACUGCUGCUGCGGAAGGACAAAAAUGUGUCCAAGGAUAUUUUGGAGAAAAACUGGCCAUGACCUAUGGGGCAUUAUUCUGUGAGACAAGUGCAAAAGAUGGCUCCAACGUAGUGGAAGCAGUUCUCCAUCUUGCUCGGGAAGUGAAGAAAAGGACAGAGGAUGAUGACAGCAAAUCUAUCACCAAUCUGGCCGGGACUGGUUCCAAGAAGUCCAUACAGAUGAAGAAUUGUUGCAAUGGUUAAGUUCCAACCACCGCUGAAAUGUCUUAAUUUCCACAACACUGAAUUUUGUGACUCAUUUGGUUCUUAAUAGGGUGUUGCAUCCAAUGGCAUGGGCCUAUGGAGAAAUGUGAACUGUCCUUUCCCUCCUGCUGCAACCCUGACUCUCUUUGCUGAAUCUCACUGAGUGAUUUGGGCCUUCUGGUACUUUUGUAAUGGCUUUUAAAAGAUAAUAUGUUCAUGUUUGUUAUGGGGUUGUUUUCUUAAAACAAGGUCACAUGCUCAGGUUAAUGAUGAAUGACAAACCACUGACUUAAUUAGGUUCAUAAGAUAGUUGACCUUGUAGUUAACCUAUGCUGGCAAUUACUUACAAAAUUUGACACUAGAGCAGUUCUCAUCCAAGGCCUUUUAAUCCAAGCUUCACUGCUAUACAGCUUUGUGAUCUUGGGUAAGUCACCAGCCCAUUUUAGAUUUUUUCUUUGUGUAAAAUAAGCAGCUUAGCCUCUAAGGCCCAUGGGUCUGGGCGCUUCUCAGAAUCUGUAGCAUUUUUUAGCAGUAGGAAGAGGUUCUCCAGGGCUAUUCCUAGGGGAGGUGUCCUUGCUUUUAAAAUACUAGGUUAUUAAUUUUUCUCACUUUGGAAAGGAUAACCAGAUUUAAUUGACUAAAAAAGGCUGCAAUUUAUGCUUUGAUGGAAAAGAAGAUCUAUUUUUUAUGUAUAAAGAAAACAUAUUUGAAAAAAAGGUUGUAAAUAAAAGAGUAUUUUAUAACUUGAGAAUACUUAAUUUUAAGGAAAAUAUGUGAAGCCACAUACUAUUGAAAGUACAAUGCCAGGAAUGUUGCUCAUGAGAAAAAUACACACCAGUCAGUGGGCACCAGAGGCUGAGAAAACAGGGCCACUGAUGGCAGUUUCUUUGGGGAAUAACAAGAUUGUUCCAGAAUUAGAAUAAUGGCCAUGGAUAUGGAUCUUCUUUUAUUUACAAAGAAACUGGUGCAUUUUAUAUUUUGAAAUAAUUUUUAUGGCAUGUAAUUUAUAUUUCAUUAAAAGUAUCUUGGCAACUUAGAGCAACUUACCAUUUUGCCAUAUGAAAAUAUCCAUGUUAUUUUACACUUUCCCAUAGUUCAAAGCUUAAUCUGUAGUUCAGUGCCAACCCCCUGAUUUCAAGCACUAACUUUCUUAAAUAAUGAUCAAGAAAAGAAGUAUU